GAUAUAUAUAUAGGCCUACAGUGAAUCCACCCCAUCACCGACAGGAUUGACUCAACCAGCAAUGUCUUCCUCAACGCUCCCUGUCCCACAAGUUAACCUGGGGAACACGUUUGGGGCACUUUUUAUUAGUGCUAUCCUUGCAGCAGUGUUAGUACAUUACUCGCUCACUAUGCCAUCAAAACCGAGUACUGAUCGAUACUUAUCCGACGUCACAACCGUGAUAUCUGACACGCAUAGGGGCACGGGGGUAACAUUUUAUAGGCUGGCUGUUGUCUGGCUUUGGAUCCUUGAUGCUCUACACCUGGCGUUGAUCGUCGACUUUGUGUAUUAUUAUUUAGUGACCAACUACGCAAACUUCAGUGCGCUCACAGGACUUGUAUGGAGUUUCAAAUUUCAGUCGAUACUCGACGCUACCCUUGUUUUUUCGGUACAUCUUUUGUAUGUCCAUCGCAUAUGGAUGCUCAGCAAAGGCCGAUCAUUACUUCUCCCGGGUAUAGCAUUGACCGUAAUCGUGCUCCUAUUUGGAGGUGUCGUUAUCCCUUUUAUCGUGGCGUCAUAUAAGUGCAAUACGUUCUCGGAUUUGAUUGCGAUCGCGUGGUGGACGUAUGCGACUGUGGGCACGUCAACUUUCAUCGACAUUGUUAUUGCAUCAUCGCUAUGUUAUCUCCUCGCCACUUCCCGGACUGGAUUUUCUAGAACCGAUUCAUUCUUAACAAAGCUCAUGGGUUAUACUAUCAGCACAGGCUGUCUAACGAGUAUAUGUUCAAUAAUAGUGCUCAUCACCUGCGCAACACUGUCAGGGACCUUCAUUUUUCUGGCCAUUUAUUUUCUAGUGGCUAAAUUAUACGUCAACUCAUUCUUCGCGCUCCUGAACGAGCGAUACUACGUGCAGGGCAACGCAGAUACUGUCAUUUCUUCUGGGAGUCAUGGCCGCCACAGCGUCCACCGCCCGGGACUGCACAUUAGAGUAUCGCAAGACACGGAGAUCCAGACAUCUCGGACGGACGAGUUUAAACAUCUCGAUGAUGGAGUGCUGCAUGUCUCUCAACCUGUCAUGUCACAGGCGCCGACAGCGGGGAGUCCCGGGACGAUGGAGAUGAAAUCUUUCUCGUUAGCGUGAUGUAUUUAUAAUUGUAUGAGUUCGUAGUAGGAUAAAUCACUGUACCUACCCACAGUAUUUACGGGAGGAAAGUACCAAAAGUCGCGGAUUGCGGUAUAUGUACAUUGACA